UUAUUUGGUCGGAUUCGCCGGGGCCCGAGUGGGUUUCGGGCUUCUGGGUUGUGGCGGCGGCGGGACUGAGGGUGGCGGAAGAACUUGGGCGAUCCGGCUCUCGGCGCUCGGGCCCGGGGAGUUACGCCUUAGGCUGGGUCCCAGCCAUCCAAAAGGACGCAUUUUGCCGCACAGGCUAAGAUGGCGGCGGCGGCCGAGGAGGCGGAGUUGGUGCCACACAAGGAGCCCGGGCCCCGGGUUCGGGGAGGCGGCGGCCGCGCGGGCCGCGGGGGGCGGCGGAGCCUGAGGUCUGAUUCCCUGGCCUUUGUGUCCCUGGGAGCUUAAUCUGUGCCCGAGGAAAGCAGGUGUGCUCCACUUCUCCCGUGAACCUGAAGAUGAGUUGUCCCAGACCCUUCUCAGUGAUUGGAAACUUAGGUGGUGGAGCCAAAGGUGCCUUGUUAACGAGGCUGCACAGACGACUCUCGUGUCGGGAUCCAUCCAUGGUUUAGCAACGUUAGAGGACAACUUUCCUUAAAACUGUUUCAGUAACAGUGACAUAAAGUCUAGCUGUAAAACUUUUUCCUGUGUGGACUUCGAAUUUUGUGUGGGCAUUAGGAAAUACUCAAGGAGGGGAUAAACAAUUUGAGGACCCGAAUGAUGAUGGUCCAGUUUUGUGUGCAAGUUAAUUUCCACGAAAUAACCAAAUCAGCAUCCUCUACUGUGGGUACUCCUAAUGCCAGGCUUGUUGCAUCUGGAUGAUACCUUAGAUUGGCCUUAAUAGUUUGCCUCCCUGCGGUAGUUUAGUUAUUUUGUUGUUGCACAAGAAGGAAAGCAUUUCAAAAAAAAAAAAAAAUAGACAACUCAAGUCACUCAAAGGAAACCUACUGUUUGCCUUCAGUGUCAAGUGUAGAGAUAGCUCAUCUGUCCUUGGACAUCUGGGUUCCUUCCAAGUUUGGGCUGCUAUGAAUUGUGCUGCUAUGAACAUGGGUGUAUAGAUCUCUUAGGGUUUGAUUUUAUUUCGAAUGAGGUUGUUCUUGCAGCGAGAUGUUAAUAAGAAAAAAUCUAGGAAAUUAACCUUUGAUUAAUGAAUACCCACUUGCUUUUCUGCUGCUGUUGCUUCUCAUUAUUAUAUAGUUUUGCCAGACUAAAUGUGGUAAAUGGGCUUACCAACAAUAUGGAUGAUUUGAAGAGACACACCGAUAUUACUGGUGCUAAAGAACUCCUGGAUGACAGCAGUUAUAUCUCAGAAAAAAAAAGUGGAGUUCUUAAACCAAAAGAUUGUCAAACAUUAUUUCAGAUAAAUAAUACAUUCACUCCGCCUGAAGAACUUUCAAAGGAUAAAUCUGAAAAAGCCUUAAGUGGGGUCCAGUCUUCUUUAUUUAUACAUGCUGGUGCUCCUACUGUUUCUAGUGAAAACUUUAUCUUGCCUAAAGGAGCUGCUGUUAAUGGACCAGUUUCAUACUCCUCAGCUAAAAUUUCCAAUAUGAAUAAAGGCAGUGUUUCAUUAACCACUGGACAGCCGGUGGAUCAGCCAACGACAGAAUCUUGUUCAACUUUGCAAGCAACAACUGAUCUUCAGCCAUCUCCACCACAGAACGCAAGUCAACACCAAGUUCUGUUUUUGUUAUCAGAUGUAGCACAUGCUAAGAAUCCAACCCAUUCCAUGAAACUACCUACCUCUGCGUCAGAUGGUUGUGACAUUCAGAAUUCUGUAGAGAGUAGUAAAAAGUCAGAUAGCACUUUAAGAAAUGAAGUAGAAGUCAUUGAGGAUAGUGAAGAUUUAUUAGUAAAAGAUGAUUGUGUUAAUACAUUAUCAGGAAUUUCCUCAGGUACAAACAAAUUUAGGUCAGAAAAUGAUACAAAUUGGGAUCCUCAGAAAGAGUUUAUUCAGUUUCUUAUGACUAAUGAAGACACAGUAGAUAAAACUCCAGUUCACUCUAAUGUUGUUUUAGAAAAAAAAAGAAAGCGAAAAAUGGAUGUAAGCAAGAUAACUCGUUAUACUGAGAAUUGCUUUAGUGAUUCUUCUUGUAUACCUAGUAAAUCAAAAAUACUAGAAACAGACUUUCUGGAACAGAAUGAAGAACUGCAAGUAAUAGACUCACAGAAGUAUGCACUAUCAAAAGUGAAGCCUGAAUCCACUGAUGAAGAAUUGGAAUCUGUGGAUACUUUUCAGCAUCUAAUUUAUAACUCAGAUAAGUGUGGAGAAGAUAGUUCACCUGUUCAUACUAGCACUUUUAUUUCAAAAACCUUAAAAAAGAAAUGUGAAGAAAGUGAUUCUGAGUCACCUGCUACUUUCAGCACUGAAGAGCCAUCAUUCUACCCCUGUACAAAGUGCAAUGUGAAUUUUAGGGAGAAAAAGCACCUCCACAGGCAUAUGAUGUAUCAUUUAGAUGGGAAUAGCCACUUUCGCCAUCUUAACGUCCCAAGACCGUAUGCUUGUAGAGAAUGUGGACGGACAUUUCGAGAUCGUAAUUCACUUCUAAAGCAUAUGAUUAUUCACCAAGAAAGAAGACAGAAGUUAAUGGAAGAAAUUCGUGAAUUGAAAGAACUUCAGGAUGAAGGAAGAAGUGCACGGUUACAGUGCCCUCAGUGUGUCUUUGGUACUAACUGCCCUAAAACAUUUGUACAACAUGCUAAAACCCAUGAAAAAGAUAAAAGGUACUAUUGCUGUGAUGAGUGUAACUUUAUGGCAGUGACAGAAAAUGAAUUGGAAGGCCAUCGGGGUAUUGCCCAUGGAGCAGUGGUGAAAUGUCCAAUUGUAAGUUCUGAUAUUGCCCAGAGAAAAACACAAAAAAAGACAUUCUUGAAAGACUCUGUUAUAGGAUCAUCCAAAAAAUCAUCUACCUACAUAUGUAAGAUGUGUCCUUUUACUACUUCAGCCAGAAGUAUUUUUAAAAAACACAUGGAGUACUUGCAUUCUUCAUCAUGUGUUGAUUCGUUUGGUAGCCCUCUUGGACUUGAUAAAAGAAAAAGUGACAUUCUUGAUGAACCUAUAGAUAUUGAUAGCACCAGACCACUAACUAAACAACAGUCAACCACAUUUCCAAAGAACUCUGUAUUAAAACAAGAUGUAAAGCGAACAUUGGGGUCAUCGUCACAAUCAAGUAAUUUUUCAAAAUUCCAGAAGCGGCCACACAGAAUACAGAAAGCUCGGAAAAGCAUGGCACAGUCAGGUGCAAACAUGUGCAGUCCAAACAAUUCUCAGAAGACUGGUGUGAUUAAAAACAGCAUUGACCAAAAACCCAAGUAUUUCCAUCAAGCAACAAGAGAAAAAUCUAAUGCCAAGGCAAAUAACUAUUUUUAUAGACACAAAUAUGAAAACUAUAGAAUGAUUAAAAAAUCAGGUGAAUCAUACCCUAUGCAUUUUAAAAAAGAAGAAACUAGUUCAGUAAAUUCUUUACAUAUGUUUUCGUCAUCAAGUAAUUCUCAUAACAAUAGUUUCAUUUCAGACCCUCAUAACUCUGACACCAAAGGGUCAGAAAGAUUUAAGGACCACAGACGUGUAGCUGUAAAGAGAGUAGUUAAGGAAUCUAAAAAGGAGAGUUCUGAUGGUGGAGAAGAAUUGGAUAGCUAUCCAGAUUUCUUACAUAAAAUGACUGUUGUUGUUUUGCAAAAACUUAAUUCUGCUGAAAAGAAAGAUAGCUAUGAAACAGAAGAUGAAAGUUCCUGGGAUAAUGUUGAGCUAGGUGAGUACACUACACAGGCCAUAGAAGAUGACACCUAUAAUGAUAUUAAUCAAGAACAUGUCAAUUUAUUUCCUCUAUUUAAAAGCAAAGUAGAGGGUCAAGAAUCUGGAGAAAAUGCUAGUCUUAGUUAUGAUCAAAACGAUGGCUUUUAUUUUGAAUAUUAUGAAGAUGCUGGAACUAAUAGUUUUUUGCAUGAGAUACAUGAUUCUCAGCAUUUAGAAAAUGCAGAAAGUUCAUUGUCAAAGCAUGGUUCUGUUUUUCAUUGGACUGAUUUGUCUCUUGAGAAGAAAUCAUGUCCUUAUUGCCCAGCAACAUUUGAAACUGGUGUUGGGUUGUCCAAUCAUGUUCGGGGACAUCUUCACAGAGCAGGAUUAAGCUAUGAAGCCCGUCAUGUUGUAUCACCAGAGCAAAUAGCCACAAGUGAUAAAAUGCAACAUUUCAAAAGAACUGGCACAGGGACACCUGUUAAGCGAGUUAGAAAAGCUAUAGAGAAGUCUGAAACCACUUCUGAACAUACUUGCCAGCUCUGUGGUGGUUGGUUUGAUACUAAAAUUGGAUUAUCAAAUCAUGUUAGAGGCCACCUGAAAAGACUUGGAAAGACCAAAUGGGAUGCUCACAAAUCUCCAAUCUGUGUUCUGAAUGAGAUGAUGCAAAAUGAAGAAAAAUAUGAAAAAAUCUUAAAGGCAUUGAACAGUCGUCGUAUUAUUCCCCGACCAUUUGUAGCUCAAAGGCUUACAUCAGGUGAUGACUUUCUAUCCCAAAAUGUUAUACGUCUUGAAGCACACCGUAAUGGCCUAAAGACUGAAGCUUUAUCAAUGUCUGCAUCAGAGGAAGAAGGGCUGAAUUUCUUAAAUGAAUAUGAUGAAACAAAACCAGAAUUUCCUAGUGGAAGAAAGAGCCAUUCUGUUACACUGAUAGAACUACUUAAAAAUAAAAGGAUGGAAGAAAGGAAUUCUGUUAUUUCUCCUCAAAGAAUUCAUAAUCAAACUGCAAGAAAGAGAUUUGUUCAGAAAUGUGUUCUUCCAUUAAAUGAAGACAAUCCGUUAAUGUAUCAGCCACAGAAAAUGGAUUUGACUAUGCACUCAGGUAUACCUGUGAAGCUUAGAACAUGUGUGCGUUGCAAUGCGGCAUUUACAAGUGCUGUUAGCCUGUCCAACCACUUAUGCGCUUAUGCACGAAAGAAGAGUGCUGGACUUUUGACUGAUACAGAAAGGUGUGUGCAUAUGUUGUGGAUACUAACAACCUUAGAUUGUAAACAAAAGAAAUCAAGGUCAAGAUCAGGAAGCAAGAAGAAAAUGCUAACAUUACCUCAUGGUGCUGACGAGGUUUACAUUCUCCGAUGCAGGUUUUGUGGCCUAGUCUUUCGUGGACCAUUGUCUGUUCAGGAAGACUGGAUUAAGCACUUACAGCGGCACAUUGUAAACGCUAAUCUUCCACGGACUGGAGCUGGCAUGGUGGAAGUAACGUCACUACUUAAAAAGCCUGCCUCCAUUACAGAAGCUUCAUUUUCUCUACUAAUGGCAGAAGCAGCAUCAUAGAACAAGGAAACCUUUUAAAUAGCAAAUUUGAAUUGGAUGUAAAUUUAAAAUUAUUUGUCUUUUUUUUUCUUAAAGCCACAUUAAAUUAUCCGUUUAUAAAUACUAAAGCAGGAACACGGGGAAAAGUGAAUUACUGUGACAUCAGAGUACUUCAAACAGUAAGUAAUCUAUAUAUUUUAUAAUAGGAUGGAUUAUGUGUUUUUCAGGUUAGCUAAGUUUGGCACUCAAUAGAAAUGAGUGUUCAUUCACUAAAAGAUCAGUACAUGUAAGCAGUCAUUCAUAAGCUGUUGCACAUGGACUUUAAAGACAGACUUAUUGGAAAAUUAUGUUUUCUGCAGUGUUAUCAGAAUCAAGGUUCUGUUUAAUCCCCACAAGACUUACAUUGAAAAAUAAGAUAUUAUAUUUUGUUUUUAUGUAUUUAGUGUUUUGUACAAUACCUGGAACUGCUAACUAAAUUUACUCAAUUUAGGGCAUUAAAUAUCAUGUACUUCAUAGUUCAAGACUGUUCACUCAGAUAGGGCAGAGUACUAUUCUAUCUAGAUGUGUAAGUGUUUUUUUUAAAUCACACAGAACGGUUUUUUUUAUACUAAAAAUUGGAGGGAGAUUUGUUUAAACAAGUAUUUCUAAAAGAAAUAAUGUACAUAGUCCUGGAAAUUAUUUGUGGUAAGGAAAUAUUCUUUACUCCAGUUGCAUUUCUCAGACAAUAAAGUGGUGCAUCCAUGCUACCUCCUACUUUGUCAACAAAGAUGCUAUUUACCCUUUACAUUUUUGUAUCAUAAUAGAUUUAAAAAAAAAAUCUAAUGUUCUUUAUUGGAAGGCAUCCUUUUGUUAACAGAUUUCUUUUUAAUGUAUUACCUAAAAUUUGACAUGCGUACAGGACAGGUUUAACUCUUAACUUUAUUUAACAUUGUAGAAAUGUAUAAACAAUGCUCACUACACAAUUUAGAAUAGACUUUCUCAUUUAUAUUCUCUUCCAAAUUUGAUCAGUUAGCAAAACCUAAUACACCAAUUGAAAUAUUUCUACAUAUGAUGAGAAUGUUUACAAUUUAAAUUUUAGAACUUGUUUUGGAUGUGAUUAUAUGUACAAAAAUCGUGUAACACUAUGCUCAUGCUAAGAACCGAUUUAAUGGAAUUACUGAAAUAAAUGUGCUGUGAGGAAUGGAAACUAUGGUGCAGAUGUCUUGGUUAUGAUAAAUUGUGCUUCUUCUUUUAAACUUUUUUCCAAAAGCAAAUUACUUCUUUUAACCUAAAAUCAGAUUCCUUUACAAAUAAGUUUUUGUAUGCAAGCACCAUUUCAUUUUACUUCAUGUAGUAUGGAUAAUACUAUAGUUGAAACAGGAUAUGCAUUGAUAAUUUUCUUCUUAUGUAAAUAAAGCUAAAAACAGUUAAAAUAAGGAGUAUUUUGGUAGAGUAUAUACAUACCUCACUGCCAGUGAAAUUGCUUUCCUAUGGUAUAUCUCCUUACCAGAAAAUCUCUAAAUAAAAAAGAAUUAAAGAAAAA